AUGCAUUCAGCACGAUCAUUAUGGGUGGAAGAUCAAUACGCACUUCGCUGCCGUUCUUGUGAUGCUCGUUUUAACAUCACUCGCCGACGUCAUCAUUGUCGUAAUUGCGGUCAAAUAUUUUGUAGUGAUUGUCUGAUCACACCCUCUACAACAAUUGUACGUAAAGUGUUAGUGGAUGUGAUUUCAUCCCUUAUUGGAUUACAACGUGAAAAUAACAUGAAAGUAUGUCAAAAAUGCGAUGGUAUUCUUCGACAACGUAAUCCAGUAGAGAAAAAACGGCAGAUGGUCUUGUCUAAUAAUGAAACUACUUCUAGUUCUCCAACCACAAGUACGAGAAAUAAUAAUAAUAAUAAUAAUAAUAAUAAUAAUAAUAUGGCAUCUCUGGAAAGAAAGGAUAAUAACAACAAUAAUAAUAAUAAUAGUAAUCAUCAUCAUCAUCCAACGGAAACGGAGGAUACUCCAGUAUUGGGUGGUAAUGAAGAAAUGUUGUUAUCAUACUCUAAUGUACAUGAUAAGAAAUAUAUUUCUUUAGAAGACUCAAUUCCAAGUAUUAUUUAUCAACCUCCCAUGGCCAGAUUACCAACACAUGCUGAAAAUGAAAAGGAACAGGAAAUAUCUUAUGCCUUAACAGAUACUCCUUUAUAUAGUCCUAAUAGUAUGUCUGUAUGGCUUUCCAAAUUACUUAAAAAGGCACGAAAUGAAGAAAAUGGUAAAAGUUUACUACAAUGCUCCAAUAAAGAUAAACAAACAUAUAGUAAUUAUAUACCUUAUCCAAAGGCAACUUUUCGUCGUGUAAAGGAUUCUUCAGAUUUAGGGAGUUUAGGAAAUAUAUUCCCUGCACAUGUAUCGAUAGAAGGUUUACAUUGUUUUGAAAGAUUAAGUUCUCUGCAUUUAAUUAAACGCGCUUCAAAACUUUUUAAAAAAGAAAUUCUUUUAUCAUCAUUUACAAAUUUAGUAGAUCUAAAGAAGGAGGUAUGGAUUGCUGGUAUAUGUGAUAUCUCUUGGCGAAUUCUUUCAGGAACGAGAAUUGCUUUACAUAAACAUGUUACAGAAUACUUUGAUGUUAUUUCUAUACCUGGAGACUCUUUUGUAAAUACGGAAAUUAUAUCUGGUAUAGCUUUUGUACAAACUGUAGUAUCAAAGCGAAUGAAGAGUUUUAUUGAAACUCCUCGUAUUCUUCUUUUAGCAGGUGAUGUAGGUAUUUCCUUAAAUCCAACAAGUGUAGAUAUCUUGGAAUAUACAGAAGGGUAUAAAGGUUAUUUAAAUAAACAAUAUCAUCGUAUUCAAGUAUGGAAACCAUCUGUCAUCGUUGUAGAGGGAAAUAUGCAUCAUUAUUUACAAGAAAUGAUAAUAAGAGAUUCAUAUGCAACUCUUAUUCUUCACGCAGGUGAAACAACUCUUCAACGUCUCUCUAGAUGUUGUCAUGCUACUAUUGUUCGUGAUUUACAGUAUGUGAGUGCUGAUGAUCUUUCUAAUUCUUCUUUCCUUGGAUUUUGUAAGACUUUUCAAGUUGUUCCUAUUGCUGAUAAAACGGUUUGUAUGUUUAAAGGACUUCCAUUUUUUUCGUUUACAACUAUUCUUCUUCGUGGAGGUACAUUAGAAGAAUUAGAAGUAGUAAAACGAAUAUUAUUUAACUGUACAAUUUCCGCAUAUCAUCUCGCUCUUCAAGCCCAUUGUGUAUUUGAUUUGGGUAUAAAAUGUGAAGAAUUAGAUGAUAUGCAGAAAAAUAAUAAUAAUAAUAAUAAUAAUAAUAAUAAUAAUAAUAAUAAUAAUAAUAUUAUUAUUAAUAAUAGUGAAAAAUCAAGUAAUUUACCUUUUUGGGGAGAAACUUCAUCUUUAUAUAAUGGAGAAUGUGAAGAAUAUAUUGAACUUGUUAAAAACUCUCCACGGGUUGAAGAUCGUAUUGAAACAUUAUCUAUGAAUGUAGGUAUAAGUUUUUCUGAAGAAGUUAUCAAUAUAGAUGAAAAAUAUGAUGAUUUGAUUGUAGAUAGUAUUAUUGUAAACACUGUAUUUCUUAAUUGUGUCCCUGAUGGAAUAAGUGUAGGAGAUGGAAUAGAAGAUGUUACUUCUGGAGUAGUAUCAUCUAAUAAUUUAUCUCCAAAUUUUACUGUUCGACAAUCUCGUGAAGUUUUUCCUUUUUAUAGUGAAGGAGAUGAAACACUAUUGGAAUAUUUAAAUGGAAGAAUAAAAGAAGGUGACUCUACACGUCUUAUUUUACAUGGUAAUAAACGUAUUUGGGUAAAAGUAACAACGGAUUUUAAUAAUUCUCAAAUACGUCGAAUGAAUGAAGAAAAAAAUUUAUCAUCGGUUCUUCCUUCAUUUUCUCGAUCUUCAUUACCGCCUCUCUAUUGUGAAGAUUAUAUUGGAGAUGGUAAUCAAGGACAUCAAUUGCGUUGUUAUGCUGUUUGUAAAAAUUGUUUUAAUAGUGAAAGAAAUUUAUUUUUUACUUCUUCCGCUACGAAGUGUUCAAUGCAUACUCUUAAUAUUUCAUGGGGAGCAUUUUUAGAACUUUUUAUAUAUGGAUCAUCUUCUCUUUUUACCAUGAGUUGUGGACAUUCUCUGAGUCAGAGUAUGUGUCUUUCUUUUAUAUUUUUUACCCAUAGUAUUGCAGAGGUUACUGUAAAUAUUAUUGUUGAACCACUUGCCGUUUAUGAUAUUAUUACUCCAUAUACAACGAUACCUCCAUGUGAAGAUGUUUCCAAAUUAUAUUUAAGUAUUGAAAUUGAGGAAUUAAAACAGAGUGUUAUGCGAAUUAUUACAUCUAUUCAAUCUUUAAUGGUUAUUCUUACUGGGAAACAAUCACAAAAUAUUUCUCAAUCAGGAAAUAUAAAACAAUCCUAUCCUUCUCAAAAUCAUGUACGUACCCCUACAAGUACAAGUACUGAUCUUUCACUAUCUAGUGAAGAUGAAAAAAGUAAAAUAUUACUAAAAAAGGCGGAAAACCUUCUUGGGAAAUUAAUGACAUUAGAUACUUUUGAAGGUGUAAUACUUGCACGACUUGAGUUUUUACCAAAUCUUGUGCGUGAUUUUUUGGAAUGGUAUAAUGUAAAAGUACUUGCAACCGAACGUCGGGUAAGUAAGGCUCUUCCUACUACAAUUGAACUUGGAAAAAUUGAAGAUCCUUAUUGGGCCUAUAAUCCAUGUGAAAAUUAUGGAAUUAGAUUAAAUGAACCAACUUCUCUUGUAGCAUUAGCAGUUCAAGCAAUGUCUCUUUCUACAGGUAAUAAUUCUAAAUUAAAUCCAAAUAUUGUGAUUAAGAGUAAUAAUCAACAUUGUCCUACUACUACUACUACUACUACUACUACUACUUCUUCCAGAGAAAUUGCGGAAGUAGAAGGAGGAGAAGCAGACACAGAAGCAGAAGAAGGUGAAGUGGAUUCUUCUGUAGUGGAUGAAACUCAACAAACAUUAUUAGAACAAUCUAUUGAAGUUAUGCUUGGGGUAGAAACUAUUGGUUUGUCAGAUUUUUUACCUUCUACCAAUUUUCUCGGUACAACUUUUGAUGCUUUAGAAAUACUUCGUGGUCGAACUCUUUCAAUGAAACCAACAUUUAAACAUGUUAUGAAUGUUUUAAUUCCAGGAGAGAAAAAUGAAGAAGUUAAUGUUAUUGUAGAAGCUAUGUUUCCAGAACAAUUCGCAGCAUUACAAUACCUUUAUACAAAGGGAAAAACUUCAGAGUUAGUGCUUUCCCUUUCUAGAUGUCGUCCAUUAAAACCUGAAGGAGGAAAAAGCAAAUCAGAAUUUUUUAUUUCAUUAGAUGGACGAUUUUUAAUGAAACAAGUAAAAUCUGCUGAAUUAAAACAUUUUGCAGAAUUUGGACCAAAUUAUUUUGCUCAUAUAAGCCAAAUAUAUGAUACAAUGGAAGAAAAUAAUACUUUAUCAUCAACAGAUAUUGCCCCAUUUAGUGGAAUUUUAGCUAAAACAUUUGGUUUAUUUUCAAUACAAAUUAAAAGAAAAAAAAAAUUUUCAGAAACUCCUGGUGAAAUAAGAUAUUUUGUUCUUAUUGAGAAUAUCUUUUACUCACGUCAUGUUGAUGUUACAUAUGACCUUAAAGGUAGCCGACGAAAUCGAAAUUCACCAGAAGGAUCUUCCGUAUUAUUAGAUCAAAACCUUUUUAAUCGCCUUAAAAAUGGUGAAUUUUUUUACUGUAGAAAUGAGGUUAAAAGUCUUAUAAUGGAUAGAUUAACUUCUGAGGCUCAUAUGCUUUCCACUUGUUCUAUUAUGGAUUAUUCACUUCUUGUUGGAUUGAAUGCCGAAGAAAAAAAACUCUAUCUUGGCAUAGUGGAUUACCUUCACCCUUAUUCAGGUGCCAAGGUAAUUGAAUCUAAGGUAAAAGCAGGGAUUGACACAGUACUUGGUCACACGGGACGGGAUCCAACCAUUAUUGAUCCUGUAAGUUAUCGUGUUCGUUUUGCGCGUUGGAUGGGGGAAUGUUUUUGCGGAGUGCCGGGAAAAACGCUCGCACUAAAAAGGGUGAUUGGAAAAGAAAAAAAAAUAUAA